UUUUUAUCAUUUUUAAGAAAAUAUCGUAAUUUGAGAAUACAAAGUAUAGGUCGCAGCCGUCGGGUCUUUAAAAAUAACUGCAUGAAUUAUUUCAGCUGCUUUCAUCGAUAGUAAAAGAAACAGAAAAGGUACCAGGAGAAUAGGCGCAUUUCAUUCCACAGUCACUCACCAAUGGCCAGUGGCCACCAAACAAGUUGGAACCAAUGAAAAAAGAAAAAACCAACAGCCAAGAUUGACUAUAAAAGAGCCAGUAUAAUUCCGGAAUUAAAUACCAGCAGGUCCACAAAACUUGUUAGUAAAUUACCUUCCCUUCCCUUCCCUUCCCUUCGCACAACUGUAAUCUAAUUUAUACUGUACCAAACCAAACCAAACCAAACCAAACCGAAGGGGCCAUUACAUGUGCUCCUCUGAAUCUGAGGCUCUGAAAUGUCGCUUGUCUCACAACAUAUAAAACCCAACCCAGUACCGACCCCCAUCAGAUAGUUUUUCCCUUUUCUUCUCUCUUUUCCUUUCCCACCCAUGCUGUUCUUUUAAUAACUAACCGUCUUCUUUUACGAAAAGUAUCACUCUUUUUUCACUCUAUCUGCUUAAAAUGGCAAACAAGUGAGGAGAAAGAGAUAUGGGUUUGUUCUUUGAUGGGAUCAUAGAGUCCAUGCCUUUGUUUGCAAAGGAAUUGGUCGCUGGAGGUGUUGCCGGUGGCCUUGCAAAGACCGCUGUUGCUCCACUUGAGCGUGUCAAGAUUUUGUUUCAGACUAGAAAAGCAGAAUUUCGCAGCAUAGGCUUCUUUGGAUCCAUCGAAAAGAUUGCUAAAACAGAAGGCAUCAAGGGUUUCUACAGAGGAAACGGUGCUAGUGUCGCUCGAAUUGUUCCCUAUGCAGCACUUCACUAUAUGGCUUACGAACAAUACCGUAGAUGGACCAUCAAGCGAUUUCCUGGCAUUGGAAGGGGCCCUGCACUUGAUUUUGUUGCUGGAUCAUUUGCUGGAGGAACUGCUGUGCUUUUUACUUAUCCUCUCGAUUUGGUUCGGACUAAAUUAGCUUAUCAGGUUGUUGGUCCACCAGGGAUUAAUGUCGUGGGAGUCGUUAACAGAGAACAAGUUUACAGAGGAAUUCUUGAUUGUUUUUCCAAGACUUACAAAGUGUCAGGGCUCAGAGGUCUCUAUCGGGGUGUUGCUCCAUCGCUUUACGGAAUCUUCCCGUAUGCUGGUUUGAAGUUUUACUUCUAUGAAGAGAUGAAGCGUCACGUCCCUCAUGAGCAGAAGAAAAACAUAAUGGUGAAUCUAGUAUGUGGAUCUGUAGCUGGUCUGUUGGGCCAAACUUUCACAUAUCCUCUUGAUGUCGUGAGGAGGCAAAUGCAGGUUGUACCAUCUGUGGCAAUUGGUUUUACAGUUUACGACAUCAUGAAAUCAAGCCUGAAAGUUCCAUCCCAUGAGGAAGCUGUGAUAGAAGUGGUAACAAAUAAAAGAAAUACCCGAACAUCAUCUCUUCGGUCAUGAUAAUAAGUAAUAUCUGUCUCAUUGAUUGUUCGAGUGGCCAUGAAGGAGCUUCACUUCACCUUUAAAGCUCUUAUGUUAUAAUAUGGAUAUCAAGUCAGGCCAUCUGAGUUGUACAUUCCAUUCUUUUAAGCUGUAUGUUAGCCUUAGAGCAGCUUACAGAUAAGUUUUCAUGCCAAGAGACUCGAAUUUUAUGCAUAUAUUUGAAAUCGAUUCGGAAUGGAUGCGGUUCAACUUAUCUUUUAGGUUCCCACUGUUGGGUUUUGGAGCUUUGUAUUAUAGCUUGUUGCAUGUACUUGCAUGAGAACCUUCCAAGAGGCUCUGGUUUGCUUCAUAGAUGUUUGAUCUAAUAUUUUUCUGAUAUUAUAUACGUUAGUCAAAGUGAAAUUGCUAUUAAUUUAAUCUCAUUCAAUAACAUAUUUGUUAGUUUUAUCC